AAAGCAUGGCGGGCAGCCCAAAUGCACCACAGCUGGGCCUCCAGCCAUCAACCAUACGCGACCACGCGAUCCAACUUGAAGCAGACAUACGCGCCUUGAAGGAAUACCGAGUCAAUCCAGUAGGCAAAAAUUGCACACCGAACUGGAAUAUGAUUGAACCACUACUCGAAAGCUUUAUCAGCUAUCUGCAGAAGACACAGGACCUUCCAACCACAAGCGAACUGACCGCUGCAGUCCACGCGACGGCACGCACUCAGCAAAUUCUCAGCAAAGACGUCACGGAAAUCAAGAACUUCCUCGCAGCUCCGGCCAGGAAAUCGACCAUCCCUAGCUAUGCACAAGUACUGAAGGACCCCUACGUAGUAAAGCCCACCAUGCAGACACGCCCAUCGAUGGGUUACCAGGAAAUCCUAGUCAAACUAAAUCCCACGGACGUAGAAAGACAGGCUCAACGCGCAACAGCAGAAGAAAUCAAGCAAAAGAUAAAUAACGCAUUAGCGAAUCACGAGGACCCCAAUUUAAAGAAAACGCAAAUUUUAGCGGUGAAACGACAUCCUAGUGGGGACCUGACGCUCUUCACGUCCGACAGAGGGAGCAUAGAGCUAAUAAUAGCACAUAGGGAGGACUGGCAAAAGAUACUAGGAGAAAAAGCCGAGGUUAAGGUCCCAUCAUAUGGAAUUAUUAUAUAUGGAUUGAAACGCAAUCUUGGGGAGAAACGAGCCUCCACCAUGGUCGUGGAGUUCGACCGAGAAGAAGACGCGGACCAUGCGAUUAAGAAUGGCAUUGUGUUUGGAAGCAUUCAAUGCGAAGACCGGAAAGAGGAACUGGCUAGAAUCGAGGAAAGAAGGAUAAAUAUGCCACGUACACAUAAGGAGGCCGCACUUCGACGAGAGAAUUUCACAGGAAAACCCGAACAAUCCAGGGAGACACACCGCGGAGCAAAGGAGAAUAGCCGAGCUAUAGGAGUAGCAGCUACUCUUAAUGCUCCAGGAAACCAGAAGAGAGGACGAUCACCUAGGAAGAUUACAAGGAUAGAUGGAAACCAGGGAACAGGCGAUACUACGAGAAGAAUACUGACAGUCCUACAAUAUAAUGUCAACAAAUCGCGCGAAAGGGUAAUGGCUCCAUUACUGGCCAAUGAGAAUGUAUGGAAAUACGAUAUCAUUGCUAUUCAGGAACCAUGGAGGAACCAUCAGUUAAGAGGAGCAUGGACACACACCCACCAUACGCCAGACCUAGAUACACUACAUCUGCAAUUCAAAAACGGGAAAGAGGCCAGGACAGUUCAUAUCCACAACAUAUACAAUCCAGUUGAAAGUCAAAAUGAGAACCAACCGAGCACGCUACCGGAUCUCCGAAAGGCACUAGAGAGCGAUCGAGAAGGGGAACAUCUACUCAUAGGCGAUUUUAAUCUCCACCAUCCGAUGUGGGGGGGAGUACAGAGCCGUAAGACAUCAGAAGGAGCGACAGAUCUGUUAGAAUUGAUCACAGACUACCACUUGGAACUUUUACUGCCGGUAGGCACAAAGACAAGGCAAGACAAUGGAGAACCAAGUACAAUUGAUUUAGUCUUUGGAACCUGGUUGCUCUUAGAGAGCAUCAUUAGCUGUGGUCUUGCAGGCAAUGACCUUAACCAUGAUUCUAACCAUCUUCCGAUCACAACUCUCCUAAGCUUGACCACCACCAGACAUCCAGAGAGAAAAAGGAGACUAUGGAAUCAAUUAAGGGAGAAGGACUUCCGAGAAGAGGUGCGAAAGAACCUUCAAACUGACAAAAGAUUGGACGGGAGCAAGGAUAUUGAUGAACAAGUCAAUCACAUUGUACAGACUAUUGAUAAGGCCAUUGAACACCACUGCCCAGAGUCCCAAGUAUGCCCCAGAUCAGUACCCGGGUGGACACCGGAGAUUAAAGCGGCCCAGAUGCAUGCAAGAAGGCUUCGUCGGCAGUUCCAGCUACUUCGCACUAAGGAGGCAUGGGAGGAAUAUCGAGCGGCUCGCAAUCUUAAAGGGCGCCUAAUUAAGAAAUUGCUACGAAAGAAUCACUGGGAACGAAUUCAAGAAGCUACAGAAACGCAGUCAGGACUCUGGAGACUAGCUAAAUGGGCCAGGAACCAUCUAGGACCGAUGAAGACGCAGACCGAGGACAAGAUCGCACUCCUGAAAGAGAACUUCUUCCCACGGAUGAAGGAAGCAGACCUUUCAGAUUUGCAAGAUUAUAUCUACCCUGAUCCAGUAGACUGGCCCCCAUUUACGCCGAGAGAAGUGCAAGUGGCCCUAUCCUCAGUGGUAACACGCAAGGCCCCUGGCCCAGAUGGAAUCCCUAACCUGGUACUAAAAAUCCUUAAGGAUAUCUUAUGGCCAAUCCUUACACCACUCUUCAAUGCAUGUAUCACAUUCGGAUAUUGCCCAGAACACUUCAAAAUGGCAGAGAUAGUUGCUCUCUGCAAACCAGGGCAAGAAGACUAUACACAAGUGAAAUCCUACCGACCUGUGGCACUCCUCAACACGUUAGGUAAGAUCCUAGAGAAAAUCAUUGCAAGGCGCCUCUCAGCACUGGCGGAAUGGUACUCUUUACUGCCUCUGACUUAUAUGGGUGGAAGAAAGGGGAUUUCUACAGACCAUGCACUGCACUGGUUAAUGGAGAAGAUAAACAUAGAACUGAAUGGGAAGGUAUAUAGAGGGGUUGUAUCAACCCUCCCAUUAGACGCGCCAGGAGCGUUUGACAAUGUCUCUCACCCUCGGCUUCUACACAAUCUUAGGAAACGAAGAAUUGAUCCACGGGUAGUCAGUUGGAUAGCCAGCUUCCUUACGGAGAGACGAACCACGAUCAAACUUCGAGAGGCAACUUCAGGAAUCCUAAAUGUUGAAACGGGCAUCCCACAAGGAUCACCAUUAUCGCCCAUUCUCUAUCUGUUCUUUAAUUCAGACCUAAUUGAAAAGUGCCAUAACCCAAGCAACAACACCGGCGCAGUGGGUUGGAUAGAUGACGUGAAUAUUAUCACAUGGGGAAGCUCGACUGAAGAAAACUGCAGAAAGCUGGAAAUCAUCUAUGAACAGUGCAAGAAAUGGGAAGAGAAACACGCGUCAAAAUUCAAUCCCAAAAAAUUCAAGCUGAUCCAUCUGCCCAGCAAGUACAGCAAAACAACCGACAAGGAACGCCCAGUCUGGCUGGACGGCCGAGAAGUGAAGCUAGUUCCUAAGUGCUGUAUUCUUGGACUUAUUAUAGAUAAUAAGCUCAACUGGAACGGCCAUAUCGAACACAUUGAAACCAAGAUGACCAAAUCUCUGGGAGCCCUCAGUAGCCUCGCAGGAUCCACCUGGGGUACAGGAUAUAAAGGACUACGACAAGUUUACCAGGCCACAAUCCUACCACAAAUAACAUACGCAGCAUCGAUCUGGUACGCCCCAUUGAACUCAGAGGAUAACCAUCGGGAGAAGGCAGUAGGCAAGCUGGAAGCAAUACAAAAGAAAGCAGCUAGGAUCAUCAUAGGGGCAUUCAAGACCGUCUCAGGAGCAGCACUCGACAUAGAGGCUUUUCUCCUUCCGAUUCGAAUCCAUUUAAACAAGAUUACGGCGGAAACAUAUCUCCGGAUUCGCUCUACACCAUCCUAUAAGACUCUAGAGCAGAGUUGGAGAGAGGGAAUCUGGGAUGGCUACCUCAAAGGCUGGCACAAUCUCCCAAGCAGAUGGGGGCCACUAGAGAGACAUAAGCACCGUGCUAUUAAUGGGAAAGUCGGAGUAUCUGCCGUCCAAUAUGGCCUCUCAGUUACAAGACAAACAUUCGUAGGAAGAACACCAGAGGCAAAUGUAUUCUUGGCGGAACUGGUUGGAAUACAUAUGGCCCUAGAGAUGGUACAGCAAAGGAUAGUAAGAAAGAUGAUAAUCUUCUAUGACAGUCAGGCUGCGAUUCAGGCGAUUGAUGGUGCUCAAAAGACAGGCCAACAGAUCUUAGGAAGCAUUGCGGAAAAAUGGGACGAGCUCAGGAGCCAGGGUGUCCAGGUGACUAUCCACUGGAUCCCGGCCCACCAGGGAAUUGAGGGUAAUGAGCGAGCGGACAUAGCAGCAAAGGAGGCAACUGGAUGGAGAUUGGUGCGGAAUAAUAGAGGAAGACAGGUUCCAUUGGAUAUGGACAGCACAGCUCCAAGACUAGUUGGGCUCCAGCAACCUUUGUCAGCACUCAAGAGAGACUUAAAGACCCUAGCUUAUAAACAGUGGGAACAGAACUGGCAACAGAAUCAACGAGGCCGUACUCUCUUCCGGGUCGUGGAUAAACCAUCAAAGAAGAAUAUAGAGCUUCACACCAGACUUAGCAGGCCUCUAUCAUCUAUCCUAACACAGAUGCGGACAGGUAAUAUCAGCCUGCGGCAUUUCCUAUACAAAAGAAAGAUUCCGGGAAUCGACAACGGAGAAUGCCAGUGCCAACGUGGAGCACAAACAGUCACACAUAUCUUACUGAGCUGUCCCAGGUUCAAGGAGGAGCGUAACGCAUGGAAGAAUGAGGGGACAUGGUCAUCCAAUACAAGGAAGAUUCUCUCUGAGGGAAAAUAUGCCGUUAGGGCAGCAAAAUUCAUGUUGGAAACCAAGCUCCUUGGGCAAUUUGGGAGCAUAGAUUUAGACAUCUAG